GCCCAGCUCCAGCGACUCUCAGGCAUAUAAUGACAGGUUGCAAGACCAGCCUCUCACAAGGCCGCUACACCUGGAGGCACAAUCAGGUCCUCAAGAGCCUGGCUGUAGCACUUGAGACCAAGAGGAGUGCAACCAAUUCAUUACCUCCAAAAACAAGCAAUCCCGUCAAAACAACAACAUUCAUCCGGGAGGGACAGAAAAGGCCCAAGUAUCCCCCUACAAAGCCAGAAACUGGACACCUAGCCAUGGCCCGGGACUGGAAGAUGCUUGUCGAUAUUGGCCAGCAACUCAUUUUUCCACCUGAGAUUGCUUCUACCAACCUUAGGCCAGACAUGGUACUCUGGUCCCCUUCACGAAAGGCUGUGUACAUCAUAGAGCUCACAGUCCCAUGGGAAAACUCUGUUGAAGAGGCCUACGAGCGUAAGAAACUGCGUUACACAGAGUUGGCAGCAGACGCAACUCAGCGUGGCUGGAAUGCAAAGGUCUGGCCAGUUGAAGUGGGAUGCAGAGGAUUCGUGGCUUCUUCCAUCAUCAGGUUGCUGAAAGAACUUGGAAUCCAUGGACAGGCUCUGCGGCAGACCGUCAGAGCAGUUUCUCAAGCAGCUGAAAGAAGCAGCCAGUGGAUCUGGAUCAAACGGAAGGACCCUUGCUGGGCUAUAACUUCAUGACCCCCCACCCCCACCUGAGAACCCAAUUCAGAUCCCUCCAACUUGAGGAGGGCAUAUGAGGUAUGCGGUCAGCUGUAUGGCUGGCUCAGGGAAGAGGACGCCCCUGCCUUGCAUAGUCCCGUGGGACAUCUUAAUUGGGCAUGGGACACAAGCUAAGGCUUGAUUACCCUUUAGCUGGCCACCUUUGAUGAGGGUGUUUAGUGAUUAAAGGCCGAAACACCCACUGAUUCGAAGGCACACUACUGAGGAUGUGUCCCAAAAUUGACAUCUUACCCCAGUCUAAGAAAUAAACCUCCCAUGCCACUCUG